AUGAUCCCCCCUUAUGGGAAAAUACACGUUUCUCUGUCAAACGAGUAUGUUGAAUUUUACGAAGAAAAAAGUUUAAAGGAAUCACACAACUGUACAGGAAAAGAAAAUGACAUAAAAUUAUCAUACGAAGAGGAGGAGUCUACCACCGUUGGGUGCACACGAGAUGACGUGUUUGUGGAUGGACACACAGGGGAGAAAAAUUUUAGGGAAACGAAUCAUCAGUGUGGAUACCAUCAUGCCGGUUUAGGUACGGAACCCUUGAGGGGGGAUGACUGCGGUGUUGCUAGCGUUGACAAUGUCCGUGCUGGGCAGGACAGCCCUAGCGAGGGUUCCCCGAACCAAGUUAACUGCAAAAGCAGGAGGGCAACCACCCCCACGGUCAGAUUAAAAAAUUUCAAAAAUAUCUUUAACAGAACAUUCAGUAAGUAUUACUUUAUCGGAAAGCCUUUUAAGAGGUACGUAAAAGUGAGAAAAAGUGCUUCACAGGAAAAAGUGAAAAAACGUACAAGUAAAAAGGUUAGUACAGAUGGGAUAGCCAUAUCGAAGAAAGAAGGAACUCGGGCAUCCCAUGGGGAGGAAGACUACCCUGGUAAGAGGCUGGACGCGGAAUCCUCGGAGGGUGCCAAAAGGAGAGGCCAUGUUACAAUGAGGGAGGAAAAACACACUGAGGGGAAAAUAACCCCAGUGAAAAAAUACGUCUAUCAGAUGCUGCUGCGCCCCCCAAAGGUGCGCAUAACAAAUCGGGGGAACUUCGUGUUGUCCAAAAUGAUAGCAAAGGAGAGCAUCUCCAAAAAAAAGGUGAAAAAGGUGGAAAAGGAGAAAAAGGUGGAAAAGGAGAAAAUGGUGGAAAAGGUAAAAAUCGUAAAAAAAAUAAAAAAGGAAGGAAAAAAGCCCGUUGAUUUUAAAAGGAAGGGCAGCAUUUACGAGGAUGCCGAUCUGCAGAUCGGAGAAGACAAAUGCCACACGCAUGAAACCUCGACCGUGCCCAUUCAGAGGACUAAGCUCCUUCUUCAUAGGGAGAACUGCGAAUCGAUGGGAAAACCGCUAGUUAACGGAAAGGACGAGGUUACAAAUGGAAGUUGCACACCUCGAAUUGAAGGCAACUGCAUGCGGGGGGACACAGAGGGCAGUCUUAAAAAGAAGAAGAAGAAAAAGAAGAAAAAGAAAAAGAAGGGCACCCCCGAGGGGGACAGCGCGAUCGGCGGUGGGGGACGCAGCUUUGGUGAAGGAAGACCAGGUGAUGCACAUUUAACGGGGAAACGCCCGGUGGAAGGCAAACCGAACGGAAACGCGGCGAUGCAUGAGGAGACCGUUCCUGAGAAGCGGAGCGAACUUAACCCGGGCGAACUUAACCCGAGCGAACGGAACCCGGGCGAACUGAACCCGGGCGAACGGAACCCGGGCGAACUGAACCCGGGCGAACUGAACCUGAGCGAAUAUCUCAUACUGAAGGAAAUAAAAACCAAGCAGAGCAACGAAGUGGUGCAGCUGAACCUCGACUCGUCCUUCUUUGUGUCGAAAGGCGCAGGGUUGUACAACUAUGGCCAAAAUAUCUGCUUCUUCAACAGCAUCAUACAGACCAUUGUGAGGAUCCCCUACAUAUGUAAAGAUCUAUUAAGCAAAUUACAUUCGUUAAAUUGUGAAAAAAAAAAAGUCCACGUCUUCUGCUUCUAUUGCUUGUUCGAACAGUUCGCCUGUAAUAUUAUAUCCAAAAAAUGUGGAAUAAAAAAUAUGCUCAUCCCGUAUAUAAAAAAAUACAUAUGUAAUAACUACAUUGUUGGAUACCAGGAAGACGUUCAUGAGUAUUUACGUUACUUCCUUUGCUCCUUGGAGAAGUCCUCCUUCUCCUCAUCCAUUUAUAUACAGAAAAUGUUCACAGGUGUGACAAAAAAUAUAACGAUAUGUACAAAAUGCAAUAAUGUAUCAUUAAAAUAUGAACAGUAUUAUGAGCUUUCCUUAGAUAUUAGCUCAUCGAAUAACUUAGAAGAAGCACUUCGCAAAUAUCUGUCGAAGGAGACCCUCAUGGGUGAUAAUGGAUACUAUUGUGACAAAUGUAGGAAAAAAAAAGCCACCAAACAGUGUGUUAUUAAUAAAUUACCAAGAGUUCUUACUAUCCAAAUUAAAAGAUUUUUUAUGAACUCAAAAUUUCAUGUUGUAAAAAAUCACAAACAUAUUUCUUACCCCUUGUACCUGGACAUGAAGUCUUAUGUUAAUAACUACGACUUGUUUCAGAAUGACUUCAACAAUAAUGUGAUAGCGUUGUACGAGAAGGUGAAUCCGGCCACGGGGGGAAGGAGCGGUCAGAGAAGUGGCGUAGAAAGCGGUCAGAGAAGCGGACAGAGCAGCGGCGUAGAAAGAGGUCAGCGAAAUGGAGUAGGUAGUGACCAGCGGAACGGCGUAGGAAGUGACCAGCGAAACGGCGCAGAGAGUAACCUCCGUGGUGAUGACCGAAACGCCCAGCGGGGUGCGCGCCCCAAUCCGCACGUCCUCAACCAAAUCGCGCACAUCUUCGCCGAGCUGAAAAGAGAAGUGUGCAAGAGGAAAAUAAAAAAUCAGUUAACCUCUGCGGACCUCAGAAGCAUCAUCAUGGAAACAAAAAAACGAAUUAUAAAAGAACUCAACAAAAUAAAGUUCUCCAAAUUUUACAACGACAUUCUUUUGAGCAUAUCGAAGGAUAUCGACACGCUGUACUGCCACAUGCGGGCCAAUGCUAGUAGGAAGCAUUUUAGCUUGAAGGGCGCCUUUUUUAACUUCAAAGUGGAGUACCUCAAUGGGCAGGAGCACCUACCCCCCCAGUACGAACCGUGUGGCACCGAAAAUGGCAAUCGAAGCGAAAGAAACAGGUUUGGCGAAGGAAGCAAGUAUGGCGAAGGAAGCAAGUAUGGCGAAGGAAGCAAGUUUGGCGAAGGAAGCAAGUUUGGCGAAGGAAACAGGUUGGGAGAAAAAAGAGAGCACUCAGCGCACAGUGCGAAAAAUCACCCCAACCAAAGGGGCGCAAGCUAUUUCUCAUACGAAUUAACGGGACUAAUUAAACACAUCGGCUCCGGAACAGAAUAUGGCCAUUACGUAGCACUGACCAAGUCGAAUAACAACAUCUACCUGCUCUGUGAUGACAAUAAUAUAUCAUACAUUAACAAAAAAGACGUGCUAAAUUGCGUAAAGAAUGCCUACGUUUUUAUUUACACGUGUAUCCACCCCGGCUUUAUCGAUUUUUAUAAUAAGUACGUAGAUGUCUUGGAAAAAAAAAAGUUCAAUAUCAACCUACCUGUAUUUGAGAAGCGAGUCGAAUUUAAGGAGCGCAUUACUAUGCCUAAGCAGAAGUUCAUCAGUAGGUCUCUCCAUUUUUGA